AUGUUGAUCGAUGGAAGCUUGUUGGGAAUCAGAAGUAAGACUAUUGUUGACCAGACUAAUGUUGCUGACAUGACACAUGGAAAUGAGAUUGUACUUACCAGCAUUGUUUUGAAACGUAAUGUGACAAUGUUAGACAUUGUUAGCACUCACAUGCAAGGUCAAUUUGGAUUCCUUGCUGAGCUAUCUUCUGCUGGUGGGCGGCUUGUAAUUUCAAGUGAUGGAGUCUGGGAUGCUCUUUCCGCAGAAUCAGCUCUAGAAUGCAGUCGCGAAUUGGCUCCGGAAUCAGCAGCAGCACAAAUUGUCAAAAGAACCGCAUGGCUGGAAAUAUUCUAUAUGUGCAUACCUACUGGAGUUGGUGACAUGCAUGAUGUUUAA